ACAACACUGAUAACUUGUUAUUCUCAAAGGUUUCUGACUGUCAGUCGCUGUACAUGCUGUUUGGAAUAUGGUGGAAACAUACAAGACCAUGCUUCGAUCAACGAAUUUUAUACUGUUUUCUGCUGCACUAUGUAUUGUACAGACAGUUGGUUGCUGCAAAGAAACCCCCAUGGAAUUAAAUAAUCAAUCAAAUGUGUUAAAUAUAGCCAAAGUAGGAAGACAAUGGAAAAGAUCAUUGAGGAGUCCAUCACAGCCAAUUGAUUGCAUUGUUUCUUCCUGGUCUUCCUGGAGCACUUGUGAUCCUUGCCAGAGCAAGCAAUAUAGGUAUGCAAGACUUGAAGUACCAUCUCAGUUUGGUGGCGUACCAUGUGACUCUUUUGACAGACAAGAGAAACCCUGCAGAGGUGCCUGCAGAACAAGGAAUUUAUGUGAGGGUUUUGUGUGUGCUGAGACAGGUCGAUGCAUUCCUCGCAGAGUCCUUUGUAAUGAAGAUGAUGAUUGUGGAGAUAAUUCUGAUGAAAAAACUUGCAAUAGUGUUAGUAAUACAUGUUCCAGAGAAACUGAACAGUAUUGGGCUGUACAGCAUAUUGGAAGUGGAUACAAUAUUUUAAGUGAGACUCUAGAGGGAACUGUUUUAGACAACAGGUAUUAUGCAGGAAGUUGUGCACCAUAUUAUGUGAACAAUGUAAGAUUCAGAAAACCACACAAUUUGGAAUUCUACAGCCCUGAGACUGAAGGAAAAUUUGAACUAUCAUUGAGUGAGCAUGAAUCAUUUUCAAAUUUUUCACACAGUAGAUUUCAAUCUAAGAAUCAGAAGUUUGGUUUUAGUUUUGGAAUUAGCUUCCCAAAUGUUUUUGAAAUUGGAGUCAGUUACAAUAGUAACAAUUUCAAUAAAAUGAUGCGAAAGCUCCUCAAGAACUCUUCAUCAAAAAAGAAAAUGUUUCAUUCACAAUUCUCACUCCAAGUGGCUCGAUUUAAGAUCAAACCCAGGGGCCUCAUGCUCCACUAUGACUUUUUCCAAAGAAUAAAGCAGCUGCCAACAGUGUACAGUUAUGGAGAAUACAGGGACGUCUUUAAGGACUAUGGAACCCAUUACAUGAGUGAGGGUAUACUUGGCGGAACAUAUGAAUAUAUUUGGGCAGUUAACAAAGAGCAAAUGCAGAAAGACGGUUACACAUUGGAUGAUGCUAAAGACUGUGCAAAGGGAGGAUUUAAUGUAGGGGCAAACAUUAAAGGAGUCUAUGUUGCUGUUGACGUCAAUGCUGGAGCUUGCAGUGGGCUUCUGGACAUUAAAGGAGAGGGUAUUUCCAGAUCAAAAUACACCGAAGAUUUCAUAAUAUUCGUGAGAGGUGGAGCAAGUGAGCAUGUGACUGCUCUUGCUCACAAACAGCUUCCAACUGUAGAGCUGAUGCAGGAAUGGGGAGAUGCUGUUGAGUAUAAUCCAGAAAUAAUUAAAUUUAAGCCAGUACCUCUUUAUGAGCUAAUCACUUCAGAUACAUUUCAGAGUGCCAGUAGAAUCAAAGCCAACAUGAGGCGAGCCCUCGAGGAGUAUCUGAUGGAAUCCAGUUCCUGUCGAUGUGCUCCAUGUCAAAACAAUGGUGUUGCUGUUCUUAAAGGCACCCAGUGUUCAUGCAUAUGUCCUGCUGGUGCUCAUGGAGCUGCCUGUGAAAUUACAGCCAGGAAGGAUUUUUCAGUCGAUGGGAAGUGGAGUUGUUGGUCACCUUGGUCUGAAUGCAGAAAUAAACAAAGGAUAAGGACUCGACAGUGCAAUAAUCCCCCACCAGAGAACGAUGGCCAAGCAUGCAGAGGUGAUCAUCAAGACACAUUGUUAUGCUAAUGAUGAAACAAUGUUUUACUUUGACCUUCUUCACUACUUUGGAUUUUGGCUUCAAAAGUAUUUGAAUCAAAUAUAAAAUCUUGUUUCAGUUGAAGAAGAUGUGGCAAUUGUAAACGUAAUUUUAAAAUAUGGAUAAACAAUGACUAAUAAAAGGAAUCUGGGGUAGUAAACAUUAGUUAAAUAAAGUCAAUUCAUCUUUAAGACUAAA